GGAUCGGAGCUAGACUCGCGGCAAGAGAGAAAGGCGUCCCAGAACCGAUCCGGUUCCAGACCCAGAUCCGUUGCUCGACCAACAUAUGGCUAUCCUCCAAAGCCAUCUGCGAUGGCAUCCGACGACCCGAGUACCAGAACUUCUAGUUCACAUAGCAGCCUCACGGUCACACAGCCACCAGGAACCAACGCAGAAACCGUCGCUGGUAUCGAGGAAUAUCAACCCGAGCCACCCCGCCCCUCACAGAAACUCAAAGUCGCUGAGGGAAAUAAGUCUGCACUGUCGUCUGGAGUAGCUGCGUUGUCCGCCGAGAUCCCGCAGCUGUUGGAACCCCAAGACUCGUCAGAGGCAGCAUCAGCGAGUGCACAGGGCUGCAUUCGAUGCACGAUCUGCAAUCGAUCCUUCAGCGUCGACAGGAUCGAGACCCACACAAAGGUGUGUCGGGCCCAUCAGCGCAAUCAGCAGCAGAGGGAGCUUCGCCGCCAGGCCAGGGCACCAAAUCAAAACCAACGCGAGGCUCUGACCACUACUUCAGAUCGCCAGCCUCGUUCCUCGAACUGGCGCGAACAGCACGAGGAGCUGGUCCAUAAUCUUCGCGAGGCCAAAAAGUUCCACAAACACAUGGCCAACGGCGGACGACCGGCAGACCUGCCGCCGCCAAAACCCAGCGCAAAGCGCGGCAUCGAGUGUCUCUAUUGCCACCGCUACUUCAGCGAGAAAGCCGCGGAUCGACACAUAUCCGUCUGCGCCAAAAACAUGCACCGAACGCUUGCAAGCAAACCAAACGGUGCGAAAGCCUGACUGUCGACCAUGAGGCCCGAUGUCCCAGUGCCCUGAAUCGACACCUUCGUGGCCCGAGCACGCAGUGGUAUUCGUGUGUUGAUGCUUUUAUGCAGUAACACGCCUUGGUUGAUGUUUAUUCGAGGACACAUGCGGUGCAGACGAAGCCAGAUCCAGCGCGACGGCCGCACAGCCAUGCAGCAGCAGCCGUGCUUGGAG